UGUCGGAGGGCAGAAUUGCAAUGAAGACUAGAGACCAGGCCUGAAUGCCCUCCCCUGUGGCCGCCCUGCCUGGGCUGGACCAGGGGGCGUGGCUUGCUGGGGGCGUGGCCCGCCUGGGCUCUCAUUGGCUGCCCGGAGACUCAGCCCAGAGGAUAAAGCCCUGGAGUAUCCUGCCAACUUUCUACUCUCCCAGGACACAGACACAAUCUACCCCUCUCGCUCGCCCUGUCCAGUUCCUCCUGUGCCGGCCAUGGCCGCCCAGGAGUCCCUGCACGUGAAGACCCCGCUUCGUGACAGCAUGGCCUUGUCCAAAGUGGCCGGCACCAGCGUGUUCCUAAAAAUGGACAGCUCCCAACCCUCAGGCUCCUUCAAGAUCCGAGGCAUCGGGCAUCUCUGCAAGAUGAAGGCAAAGCAAGGCUGUAAACAUUUCGUCUGCUCUUCAGCGGGCAAUGCAGGCAUGGCCACCGCCUACGCUGCCAGGAGGCUGGGCAUCCCGGCCACUAUCGUUGUGCCCAGCACCACGCCUGCCCUCACCAUCGAACGGCUCAAGGAUGAAGGCGCCACAGUUGAAGUGGUGGGCGAGAUGCUGGAUGAGGCCAUCCAACUGGCCAAGGCUCUGGAAAAGAACAACCCGGGAUGGGUGUACAUCCCCCCCUUCGAUGACCCUCUCAUCUGGGAAGGGCACACUUCCCUCGUGAAGGAGCUGAAGGAGACGUUGAGUGCCAAGCCCGGGGCCAUCGUGCUGUCUGUGGGCGGUGGAGGCCUGCUGUGCGGAGUGGUCCAGGGUCUGCGGGAGGUGGGCUGGGGGGACGUGCCCAUCAUCGCCAUGGAGACCUUCGGUGCCCACAGCUUCCAUGCUGCUGUCAAGGAAGGAAAGCUGGUCACCCUGCCCAAGAUCACCAGUGUCGCCAAAGCCUUGGGCGUGAACACCGUGGGGGCGCAGACCCUGAAGCUGUUUUACGAACACCCCAUUUUCUCCGAGGUCAUCUCCGACCAGGAGGCGGUGACGGCCAUUGAGAAGUUCGUGGACGAUGAGAAGAUCCUGGUGGAGCCCGCGUGUGGCGCUGCACUGGCCGCCGUGUACAGCGGCGUGGUGUGCAGACUGCAGGGUGAGGGCCGGCUGCAGACCCCGCUGGCCUCGCUGGUUGUCAUCGUGUGUGGCGGCAGCAACAUCAGCCUCGCACAGCUGCAGGCACUCAAGGUGCAGCUGGGCCUGAACGGGCUGCCUGAGUGACCUCUGCUGCGGCCCUGGCCACCCUCAGAGGGGUCGCCAGCACCCCUGAGUGGGGUGGGUGGGGAUACUCCUGAUGGUGGCCCACCCUCCUUUACCUGUGUUUAUAAUGUGCACUUUUCCAUUGUAAAUAAU